AUGGAAUCAUACACACUCCCUUCUUUCCCAAGUACCUAUUCCACGAUCCACAUAGCUCUCUUCGAAAAUGUGACCAACUCAUCUGAGAUCAAAGAGAGAUUAGUGAAAGCUUCAAUCACACCUGGCGAACAAGGAGACAAGUUAAGGUCUGAACUUGAUUAUGGAUUUAUCGAAGCUAGUGUGCUUGUAUCGAAAGAGCAUCUUUUAACAUCCAUUAUGACAACUCUGCUUUACUCAUUCCCAUCACAAUCUAAUGACCCAGCCUCAAUAUCGCUCGAGCCACUAUCGAUGUCGAACUCAUCACCAAAUCACGCAGUAGAUUCGCCCUCCAACCCACCAAUAUCAUCAUUAUCAUCAGCAGAUGCCUCAAAUACACAAGUUAAGCCUAAGACACGUACACACAAUCUACAUUCCGAAUUACUUUUAUCCCUAUCACCCAACAACAACAUCACAGACUCCAUCCGACGUCAUGGUAUAUCAGACCAAACCAAGACUCUGGCAGUGGUACGUAUAUCAGGAUCUGAUCAAACGCCUGAACAAGUUUAUCAAGGUAUAUCCAGAGUUGUGAAAGGGGAUUUAGUCGGUUGGGAUAAGAUAGAAAAUGUGACCGAUUGGAAUAGGGUUGAUAAAAUAUACAAAUUGUCAGAGAUCAAUUCACUCAAAUCACCAGACGUGAGAGCCAAAAAGAGAGCAGCCGUUGUAAGUUCUGUGGCUGUCAAGAAUGUCAUAUAG